AUGCUGCGCUUCCUCUGGGAGAGCAUCUCCUUCCAGAUGCUCCUUGUCUUCCUCAUUGUCUUCCUGCUCGUCGCCGACUACAUGAAGCACAGAAAGCCAAAGCACUUCCCUCCUAGCCCCUUCUCCUUCCCCUUUGUGGGGCACAUCCACCUGAUGAACUUCAGCAAUCCCCAAAUUAUGGUGCAGAAGCUUACUGAAAAAUACGGGGACAUCUUCAGCAUGCAGCUGGGCAGCACAUCGUUUGUGUUCAUAAACGGACUGCGGAUGGUUAAGGAAGUUCUUGUAAACCAAGGGGAAAACUUCAUAGAUCGCCCUGAAAUUCCUAUUGACAGCGAGGUCUUCAGCAGCAUGGGACUGGUCUCCUCCAACGGGAACUUGUGGAAGCAGCAGAGGAGGUUCACCUUGACCACCCUCCGAAACUUCGGCUUGGGAAAGAGGGGCCUGGAGGAGCGCAUCCAGGAGGAGUGCCAAGGCCUCGUGGAUGCAUUUGGGGAUGAGCAAGGGAAUCCUUUCAACCCUCACUUUAAAAUCAAUAAUGCCAUUUCAAACAUCAUCUGCUCCAUCACCUUUGGCAAUCGGUUUGACUACCAUGAUAAGGAGUUCCAAAAAUUGCUGCAGCUGAUGGACGAGACAGUUAGCCUCCAUGGGACCAUCAUGAGCCAGGUACAGCCCUCCUACCACCAACAUGUCCCCGGAUCCCACCAAACCAUUUUUAAAAACUGGAAGGUGUUGAAAAGUUUUGUGAAAGAGAAGGUCAACAAACACAAGGAGGACUGGAACCCCUUGGAGAGUCGGGACUUCAUUGACAGCUACCUGCAGGAGAUAGCCAAGGACAACGGUGGUGGCAGCUUCCGGGAGGAAAACCUUGUGGCAUGUGCACUCGAUCUGCUGUUCGCCGGGACCGAGACCACUUCCACAACCAUCCGCUGGGCUCUGCUGUAUAUGGCCAUAUAUCCAGAAAUUCAAGCCCGUGUGCAAGCUGAGAUCGACGCGGUCAUUGGGCAGGCACGGCAGCCAGCCCUGGAGGACAGGAGCAACAUGCCCUACACCAAUGCCGUCAUCCACGAAGUGCAGAGGAAAGGCAACAUCAUACCUCUCAACGUGCCAAGACUGACGGUGAAGGACACGGUCUUGGAUGGCUUCCACAUACCGAAGGGCACUGUUUUGCUCACAAAUUUAACCUCCGUGAUGUUUGACAAGAACGAGUGGGAAACCCCCGACACUUUUAACCCCAGACAUUUCCUGAAGGACGGUCAGUUCUGGAAAAGGGAGUCUUUUGUGCCAUUUUCUAUAGGGAAGCGUGCCUGCCCGGGCGAGGUGCUGGCCCGCUCAGAGCUCUUCCUCUUCUUCACGGCUCUGCUCCAAAAAUUCACCUUCCAAGCGCCCCCGGACACCACACUCAGCCUCCAGUUCAAGCUGGGCAUGACAAUGACGCCACAGCCCUACAAGAUCUGCGCCGUGCCUCGGUAG